GGGAACAGCUCGGGGGUGGCUUCGCUGUGGUAGCGGGAGCGAGGACCGAGCAUUGUAACGGGCGAGGUCCCGCAGGGGGGGAAAAAAAGCAAAGCUUCACGUCUCUUCCCACACCUCCUCCGCUUUCCUCUCCUCACUUGUCGAGCUCCCAUUCCAGCUGUUGGGCGGAUUCUUCCUACCAAGGGAAAGUUUCUAACUCUGAAAGUUGCCGCCAUCAGGGUCCCAGUGAACGGAGCUCAUUGCGGGGAAGAUGAAUAUCUGGCCAGAUGUGAUUCCACCCGACUUGACUCACUAAAGGAUUUGUAGACACCUCAAAACAUCGCCUCCUACUUCUAAAACGGGCCCGAUAAUGUUCCCUUGUUUCACUCGUGGACUCGGUUUCAUGAUGCCGCACACUCUCGGAGUCUGAGCGUUGACAGGUCAAUGAAUGUUUUGUAUCAGAGCCGUGAUCACUUUGCGUUUGUGUCAGCAAUGUACUCAUCAAGGAUAUGACUCGAGGAUAUAAUGAAGAAAAGGGCAAUAGGUCAUGGAAAAGCUAUAGAAUGUGUCAUCAGAUUUUGAAGAAGUGGGGAAUGAUGGGAUGGAUUCGAAGACUGCAGAAUAUGAAACUGUGGGACCAGAUGCUGAAAUAGCUUCCAGUUUUCAAACAGAUGUAAUGGAAGCUGCAAGUCCAUCAGUUAUACAAUCCAAAGUUACAAAUGAGGAGGCCACCACUUCUGGUGUGAAUGUUGAAUGUCGAAUAUGCGGUGAUAAAGCUUCAGGGUUCCAUUAUGGAGUACAUGCCUGUGAAGGUUGUAAGGGUUUCUUCCGACGAACAAUUCGCAUGAAGCUGGAAUAUGAGAAAUGUGAUCGCAACUGUAAAAUUCAGAAAAAAAACAGGAAUAAAUGCCAGUAUUGUCGCUUCCAGAAGUGCCUGGCAUUAGGGAUGUCACACAAUGCCAUCCGUUUUGGCCGAAUGCCUGAAGCAGAGAAGAAAAAGCUAGUUGCGGGACUUCUAGCUGGUGAAGCAACAGUUCAAAAUCCACAGAUAGCUGAUUUGAAAUCACUGGCAAAGCAUGUUUACAAUGCAUAUCUAAAGAACUUCAUUAUGACUAAGAAAAAAGCACGAGAUAUUCUAAGUGGAAAGGCAACCAAAGAUCCUCCUUUUGUUAUUCAUGACAUGGAAACACUUUGGCAGGCUGAAAAAAACUUAGUUUGGAAGCAAUCAGUAAAUGGAAUUCCAAACAAAGAAAUUGCAGUCCACGUCUUCCACCGUUGCCAGUGUACAACUGUUGAAACAGUAAGAGAAUUGACUGAAUUUGCCAAGUGCAUCCCUGAAUUUUUAAAUCUUUACCUGAAUGAUCAGGUAACAUUACUAAAAUAUGGUGUUCAUGAAGCCAUUUUUGCCAUGUUGGCAUCAAUUAUGAAUAAGGAUGGUCUUCUCGUGGCUAAUGGAAAUGGAUUUGUUACUCGGGAAUUCCUGAGGAGCCUGCGCAAACCAUUCAGUGAAAUCAUGGAACCCAAAUUUGAGUUUGCAGUGAAGUUCAAUGCCUUGGAACUGGAUGAUAGUGACUUGGCUCUUUUUGUGGCCACCAUUAUUUUAUGUGGAGAUCGUCCCGGAUUAAUGAGUGUGAAGCAGAUUGAAGAAAUGCAGGACAGUGUUCUCCAAGCAUUAAGUCUACAUUUACAAGCCAAUCAUCCAGACUCUCAGUACCUCUUCCCAAAGCUUCUCCAGAAAAUGGCUGACCUGCGGCAGCUAGUCACUGAGCACGCACAGCUUGUUCAGAAGAUUAAAAAAACUGAAGCAGACACUUCAUUACAUCCGCUGCUACAAGAGAUCUACAAGGACAUGUAUUGAUGAAUAUUGCACAUUCACUAUUAAGCUUAACAUCAUCUUCCCCAGACAUCCCACAACCUCAUCCCCACAAGUAACCGACAUGACUCCAAUGAAUUCUCAUUUAAGUCUUCUUGAGAAUACAUAAUAGAUCUGUAACUAGGUACUCCUCAUUUGAAUUUUCUGUUCUUCAGUUGGCUGAUUGCAGCUGACUCAUUUGAGAUCAGCUGAACAGACUUUAAUGAUUACAGCUGAAGAAUGUAGGAAAAUCUACACAUUUACAACACUACUGACAUCUGCAAUAAUUAUGGUUUGUGUUGUAAUUUGAACUUGGUUACAGUAUUAAUACCUCUGCUUGGUAGACACAACUAUUGUCAAAAGCAAAUGUUAUAGAACUAUCCAAUGGUACUGUGCUUGCUGAGCCCAACAACAUACAUCUGUUUGGUCAGUCUUAAUUUUGAUAUAAUUAGAGGGUAUGGAAGUUGUGUAUAAAUUGCUACAAUAAAUGUAGCUUAUACUGUAUAACAGUCUAUUGUAGAUAGUGAAUUGCUCCAAGAAGUAUUUGGUUAAGAAUGUGCAUAAAUUUAUAAAGCUAGUCAUGGACUUGUAGCAUUGUGGGGGAAAUAAUAAUGUUUCAAAAAGACUGUGCAGCACUUUGAAGUUUCUCAGAAAUGUGAUGAGGUGCUUAGAUAAAUGUGUUUAUUUCUCAAGUGAGGAAGAAUUUCAUUUAGAUUUUCAAGUCACUUUAUUCCAAGUUCUAUAUCUGACAGCCAUACAUGCUGACCAAAUUCUAUUGAGGGCAAGUUUGCAAAUUCCUUGUAGAGUAUUGAAGUGCAGAAUUGGGAGAAACUAAUCCCUUAUCUCACUUGGCUCCCAGUCAGUAUUUGCAUUAAUUCUAUGCAGUAUGCCUUCAGUCUUCAUUUUUUUUUUUAAUGAGCAUUCCUUCCUCACUGGUUCAAGUGCAAAAUAUUUACACUCAUUUUAAUAAAGCUCCCUAUUUAUUUAAUGACGACUGGGUUUGUGGGAAAAUAAUAUUGCCAUUAACUUUUUAAGUAGAAAAAAUGUUCUGAUAUGAAAGUAAUGAACUUGUUUUGAUCAAUGUUUUGAAAAUUUGUCAUGAAAUAUUAGGUUGAAAUUCUUACACCUUAAUUGUCAAAUUCAUAUUUGGCCUUCACAUUAAAAUUGCUAAUUUGAAAUUUCCACGGGAAAUAUAUAUGUUCUAUUAGUUCUGUUUUUGUGUUCUGUUGUGCUGCUCGCUAGCACAAGGAUACAUCAUAAUAUUUUCUUAUUGCUGCUGUCUAUCUAUGUUGUAAUUAACUUUUCACAAUUUUGGAUUGUGCUAAAUUUUAUUGGAUCUUAAAAUACCACAGUUUGCUCAAAAAGUAAUGUUCAUGCGGAAUGCUUGAAUAAGCCAGUUAAACAAGACUAAGCACAGACCUUCCUAGUUAAUUGAUAUUUGACUGGUUGACAGACUCUUCAGCCACUACAUUGGAAUAUCAGUUCGAAAAUCAGUAAUUCAGCAAAAGAUCAUACUGGAAAAUCAUAGUGACUAAUAUUUGAAAAGCAAAACAUUUAAUUCUAGUCAGUGUUACUCAAAAUUCGUCUAACUUUUCAGAUUCUGAAAGACAUGUUUUGCAUUUCCAACAUUUUCUGACUCACUUUAAAAUCUCUAGCUUUCAGACAAUAGUUUUCUUUUGCAUGAUACCACAGAAUGUUACACCUUUAAAUUUGUUCCAAAGUAGAGCCCAUACUAAAUUUUUAUUUAGUGUAAAUUUCACAGUGGGAAUCAUAAAUAGCCCACUUGUCAGCCAUAAAUGGAAAUGGUUGUCAGCCAAUUUUAACGUGGUUUAAGCCAUAAAUGGAAAUGGUUUCCACAAGGCCACAAUAAAUUCCAGUGUUUUACCAUGUU